CCCACGCAGGCUGCUGCAGCAGCCUGAGCAACUGUCGGGGUUCGGGGACGGCUUCGGUGAGCGCGGGGAGGGGCUCGAAAGUUCGGGCGAGCAGGGUGAGCAGAAUUGGGAGAGCUGCGGGCACCUCAGACUCGAGGCGGGGGUCCUGGGAGCAGCCCCAGCGCGUCGAGACACUUUUGAGCUGGUGGGGAGGGCCCGGCCUGUGGGCCCCCAGGGGCCUGACGGGGAAGGGCGCCUGGGAGUGCAGGAAGCAAAUUGGCUGCCAGGUGUGCAGGAGGGACAGGUGGUUUGGGCUGUCCAGGAAACGUAUCUGAACGGGAAGGGGUCCCAGGAGGGAGAGGGACCCCCCGAGGGGCACAGGACCCGCAGGCGCAGGCGUAGGAGGAGGUGGUAACCCGCAGGCCACCAGCUUGGCACUGGGAUCCCUCCUGGGUCGAAGGGAGUACAGGAUGUAGGAGGUUGGGGAUUGGGGCACAGAACAGCACUGUGAACCUUAGAGCUUCUGAAGCCAUUGCCCAAGGGCAGGAAGUGGCCUGCAGGAUCCUCUUCUGUUUCUUCAUCCUGGGCAUCAUCGAAGAUUUUUCUGCAGGGAGGCAGCUGAAAGAGGCAGAGGCUGGGGAGCAGCAGCAUGCAGCCAGAGGAGGGCACAGGCUGGUUGCUGGAGUUGCUGUCUGAGGUGCAGCUACAGCAAUACUUCCUUCGUCUUCGGGAUGACCUCAAUGUUACCCGUUUGUCCCACUUUGAAUAUGUUAAGAAUGAGGACCUGGAGAAGAUUGGCAUGGGCCGGCCUGGCCAACGGCGGCUGUGGGAAGCUGUGAAGAGAAGGAAAGCCAUGUGCAAACGCAAGUCCUGGAUGAGUAAGGUAUUCAGUGGAAAGCGGCUGGAGGCUGAGUUUCCCCCUCACCACUCUCAGAGCACCUUCCGGAAACCCUCGCCCACCCCAGGGGGUCCAGUGGGCGAGGGGCCCCUGCAAAGCCUCACCUGCCUCAUUGGGGAGAAGGACCUGCGCCUCCUUGAGAAGCUGGGAGAUGGCUCCUUUGGCGUAGUGCGCAGGGGCGAGUGGGAUGCCCCUGCAGGGAAGACGGUGAGUGUGGCUGUAAAGUGCCUGAAGCCGGAUGUGCUGAGCCAGCCAGAGGCCAUGGACGACUUCAUCCGGGAAGUCAAUGCCAUGCAUUCACUUGACCACCGAAAUCUCAUUCGCCUCUAUGGUGUGGUGCUUACACCACCCAUGAAGAUGGUGACAGAGCUGGCACCUCUGGGAUCUUUGUUGGACAGACUACGUAAGCAUCAGGGUCACUUCCUCCUGGGGACUCUGAGCCGCUAUGCUGUGCAGGUGGCUGAAGGCAUGGGCUACCUGGAGUCCAAGCGCUUUAUUCACCGUGAUCUGGCUGCCCGAAAUCUGCUAUUGGCUACCCGUGACUUGGUCAAGAUUGGGGACUUUGGACUGAUGCGAGCACUACCCCAAAAUGAUGACCACUACGUCAUGCAGGAACAUCGCAAGGUGCCCUUUGCCUGGUGUGCCCCUGAAAGCCUGAAGACACGUACUUUUUCCCAUGCCAGUGACACCUGGAUGUUUGGGGUUACGUUGUGGGAGAUGUUCACCUAUGGCCAGGAGCCCUGGAUUGGCCUCAAUGGCAGUCAGAUUCUGCAUAAGAUUGACAAGGAGGGGGAGCGCCUGCCCCGGCCUGAGGACUGCCCCCAGGACAUCUAUAAUGUCAUGGUCCAGUGCUGGGCUCAUAAGCCGGAAGACAGACCCACCUUUGUGGCCCUGCGGGACUUCCUGCUGGAGGCCCAGCCCACUGAUAUGCGGGCCCUUCAGGACUUUGAGGAACCUGACAAGCUACACAUCCAGAUGAAUGAUGUCAUCACUGUCAUUGAGGGAAGGGCUGAAAACUACUGGUGGCGUGGACAGAACACACGGACGCUGUGUGUAGGACCCUUUCCUCGCAAUGUGGUGACCUCCGUGGCUGGUCUGUCAGCCCAGGACAUUAGCCAGCCCCUGCAGAAUAGCUUCAUCCACACAGGGCAUGGCGACAGCGACCCUCGCCACUGUUGGGGCUUCCCUGACAAGAUUGACGAACUGUAUCUGGGAAACCCCAUGGAUCCUCCUGACCUGUUGAGUGUGGAACUGAGCACCUCCCGACCCACCCAGCACCUAGGAAGAGUGAAAAAACCAACCUAUGAUCCUGUGAGUGAGGACCAAGACCUACUGUCUGGUGACUUCAAGAGGCUGGGCCUGCGGAAGCCAGGUCUGCCCCGAGGGCUGUGGCUAUCAAAGCCCUCAGCCCGGGUGCCCGGCACCAAGGCAGGCCGCAGCAGUGGGGGCGAGGUCACGCUCAUUGACUUUGGUGAGGAACCUGUGAUUCCAGCCUCUCGGCCCUGUGCACCCUCUCUGGCACAGCUGGCCAUGGAUGCCUGCUCUUUGCUGGACAAGACCCCUCCACAGAGCCCUACACGGGCACUACCACGACCCCUGCAUCCCACGCCUGUGGUGGAUUGGGAUGCACGCCCGCUUCCUCCUCCCCCUACCUACGAUGAUGUGGCCCAAGACGAAGAUGACUUUGAGGUCUGCUCCAUCAACAGCACCCUGGUGGGUGCAGGGCUUCCUACUGGGCCCAGGCAGGGAGAGACCAAUUACGGCUUUGUGCCAGAGCAAGCACGGCUCCCUGCUGCCCUGGAGGACAACCUGUUCCUCCCACCCCAGGGUGGGGGCAAGCCUCCCAGCUUGGCCCAGACCUCGGAGAUCUUCCAGGCACUGCAGCAGGAGUGUAUGCGGCAGCUCCAAGUUCCGACUGGCUCACUGGCCCCCUCACCCAGCCCAGGGGCUGAUGAUAAGCCCCAGGUGCCUCCCCGGGUACCCAUCCCCCCUCGGCCCACACGCCCACGUGUUGAGCUGUCUCCAGCCCCCUCAGGUGAGGAGGAGAUAGGUCGGUGGCCUGGACCUGCCUCUCCUCCCCGCAUACCUCCCCGGGAACCUCUGUCCCCUCAAGGCUCUAGGACCCCCAGCCCCCUGGUACCACCUGGCGGUUCCCCCCUGCCACCCCGGCUCUCAAGCUCACCUGGGAAGACCAUGCCCACUACCCAGAGCUUCGCUUCAGACCCCAAGUAUGCUACACCCCAGGUGAUCCAGGCUCCUGGCCCACGCACAGGUCCCUGCAUCUUGCCCAUUGUCCGGGAUGGCAAGAAGGUCAGCAACACCCAUUAUUACCUGUUGCCUGAGCGCCCGCCCUACUUGGAGCGCUACCAGCGUUACCUGCGUGAGGCCCAGAGCCCUGAAGAGCCGGCCCCUCUGCCUGUGCCCCUGCUGCUGCCCCCACCCAGCACCCCAGCCCCUGCUGCCCCCACUGCCACUGUUCGACCAAUGCCCCAGGCUGCUCCAGACCCCAAGGCCAACUUCUCCACCAACAACAGCAAUCUAGGUACCCGGCCACCAUCCCUGAGGGCCACUGCUCGGCUGCCACAGAGGGGCUGCCCUGGGGAUGGGCCAGAGGCUGGCCGGCCAUCUGACAAGAUCCAGAUGGCCAUGGUGCAUGGGGUGACCACAGAGGAGUGCCAGACGGCCCUGCAGAGCCACAGCUGGAGUGUGCAGAGGGCUGCCCAGUAUCUGAAGGUGGAGCAGCUCUUUGGGCUGGGUCUGUGGCCACGGUUGGAGUGCCACAAAGUGCUAGAGAUGUUCGACUGGAACCUAGAGCAAGCUGGCUGUCACCUUCUGGGCUCCUGUGGCCCUGCCCACCACAAGCGCUGAGAGGUAUCUGGAGAUUAAGAUUCUGCUCUGAAGGAAUCACUUGAGCCUAUCCAUGUGACUAGGGUAGGGAGACACUCCCACCCAGGCCUGGAGGAACUGCUGCUAUCUGCUGCUCCCAGUGGACAGAGUAAAGCCAAGGCAGCAGGAGGCUGAGAAUCCUGCCUUGCCCAUCUCCCCAACCAAGCACUGACCCUGCACACUUUGGUUUAGACCUCAGUGUCCCAGCUAAGAGGUGGGAAGGAGCCCUGUAACAAGCUGGGGGCUGCCUCAGCAGGCCCUAUGUGUGACUUGCCUCUGGCUCCAGUCUUUGACAGGGCCUGUGACAGGGCCUGUGACAGGGGUGUGUCCUCAGGCCCUGCCCAGGGGAACAAGACUGAGAGGAAACCAGGCAUGUCCUGGGCAGGGAGGAUAUAUUGACCCUACAGAAAAGUGGGUCAGCACCUGGAAAACCCUAAGGGCUGGGCCCUUUUCCAGAGAGCCUCUGGCAGUCAGUUGGGGGUGCCAGACAGAAUGUGACUUGUGGCCUCACCGUGGACAUGUUAUGAGGCUUGUUUGGUCUUAGAAUCUUGUACCUGGAUAUAGCUCAUGGUUGUUUAGGAAGCAGAGAAGGGGUGCCAGACCAUCUUCUGGCAGGGACCAGGGCCGUAGGCCCCAGGGUUGGAAGGAGACCAAUGGAGCAUCUGCCCUGGGGGAAUACCAGUGCUUCCUGUUUGAUCCUAUUCCACGCCCCACCCGGUGCCAUCCAUAUUUUCCCACCAGCCUCUGUGGCCAAAGUUGCUGCCCCAGCUAUGGAUACUGCUUCUUCCAGAGAAAUAAAGUUAGUUUCUAUUUUAUGUUA